GGGCCGAAUUUUCCAAAUAAAAAAAAAAACCCCUAUUUAACUUCAACUUUACCUAUCUUCAGUUCUUCACAUGCCAAAAUUAACACCCCUGAAUUUCACACUCCCUCUCCCAAACUCAUCAUCCUAUAAUACAAAGGGUUUGGAAUAUAUAUCAAAUAUCAAAAUACAUCACAACAUCAAAAUGGCCUCAAUUGUUACUAUGGCCACCAUUGUCACAUUAGUCCUCGCACUAGCAUGUUGUGGCAUGUCUGCCCCGACCUCAGUGCCGAAAACCACUGCAGCGGCCCCGGCCCCGGAGAGCAAUGGCUGCUUGAUGGCACUAGCAAACAUGUCAGAUUGUCUGACCUAUGUUGAGGAUGGGAGUAAGUUGUCAAAGCCCGACAAAGGGUGCUGCCCUGAGUUGGCAGGGUUGGUUGAUAGCAACCCCAUUUGCUUGUGUGAGAUGCUAGGCAAACCUGACUCUAUUGGCAUCAAAAUUGAUUUGAACAAAGCCCUCAAGCUUCCUUCUGUUUGUGGAGUGACCACUCCCCCUGUUAGCACCUGUUCCGCUGUGGGAGUCCCCGUGUCCUUGCCUCCAUCAAUGAGUGAAGGUCCAAGUAUUGCACCGGGAGCCUUCAGUCCUUCAAAUGCAGAUGCUGCGAAUCCUGCUUCAAGUCCUAACUCUGCUUCUAGUCCUGCAGGUGGGCUAGGCCCUUCGUCCGAGGAUGCUGCUGCCAGCCCUUCUCAAAACAAAAAUGAAGUUUCAGCCAUUCACCCUUCUGCUUUGACUAAUUUCUUUUUUGGCCUUUUCACUUUAUUUGUCUCUGUAUUCUUCUGAUUUUACACACAUUUAUUCUGUGUCAUUAUUUUAGUGGAUAUUUUAUUUCCUCAUUAUUUGUAUGUUGUGAGCCACUUUGAUUAAAGCUUUUGUUGUAAUUUUAUGCACUGUUGCAAUAUUGUUACUGUCAUUAUUAGUGAGCCAUACACUUUAAUUAGGAACUUCAUGCCUGCAUUUUUACGCCGAGAUAUUCAUUUUUUU